AUAUAGAAUAAUGUUCAACUCGGGCCGUAAAAGAAUUACGUCGGUGGUUUCUUCAGUUCUUCGAUCCUUCAAUGGAACCUCUAAACUUCAAAAGGCUAAGGACACUUUAAACAAGCCUGUUCAUCAGAAUGAUCUGCCUCGGGUUGGAGGUAUUGCAACCUUCAUGCGUCUUCCAUUUCAUCCUACUACUGAGGGACUAGAUGCUUGCUUGGUUGGAGUUCCUUUGGAUACUGCCACCUCUAAUCGUCCAGGAACAAGGUUUGGUCCUCGUCAAAUAAGAACUGAAUCAGUUAUGGUUCGACCAAGAAAUCAUGCAACAGGAGAGAACCCUUUCAAUAGAAUCCAGAUUGGAGAUAUUGGAGAUGUGCGAGCUAACCUAUACAACACACCUAAAGCCUGUGAGGAAAUAACCCAGCAAUAUAGAGAUAUUGUGAAGAACAAGUGUAUUCCUGUUACAUUAGGUGGAGACCACUUAAUUACGUAUCCAAUUCUCAGGGCAGUAUGUGAGAAACAUGGUCCUGUUGCAAUGAUACAUAUUGAUGCACAUUCUGACACUGCUACAGAUAUGAUGGGAGAAAGAUUAGCUCACGGAACACCUUUCAGAUGUGCUUGGGAGGACAAACUUUUCCUUGAUAAGAAGGUUUUUCAAGUAGGACUCCGGGGUACAGGUUGGGCACAUGGAGAUAUACAAUGGGGCAGAGACCAGGGGUGGACUGUUAUACAAGCGGAGGAAUGCUGGCACAAAUCCUUAACACCCCUCAUGGAAGAUAUAAAAAAUAAGAUUGGUGACAGUCCUGUUUAUCUGAGCUUUGAUAUUGAUGCGAUAGAUCCAGGAUUCUGCCCCGGAACUGGUACACCAGAAAUAGGUGGCCUAACCACAAUACAAGCAUUAGAGAUUAUCCGUGGGUGUUCAGGAUUGAACCUAGUUGGAUGUGAUCUAGUUGAAGUGAGCCCUGCAUAUGAUUUAUCUGGAAAUACUUCUUUAACUGGAGCUAACCUUGUAUUCGAGAUGCUUUGUGUUUUAAACAAAUAAGAAAAUAACAAUUAAUGUAUUCUCAACAAAAACUUUAUUAUAUAUUUCUACAAAAAAAUAAAUGAUUU